CGGGGGGUCCCGGGCCCCUGCCCUAUGUCCCGCAAGGCGAGCGAGAAUGUGGAGUACACGCUGCGGAGCCUGAGCAGCCUCAUGGGCGAGCGGCGCAGGAAGCAGCAGGAGCCGGACGCGGCGAGCACGGCCGGGGAGCGCAGCCUCCUGGCGGCCGCCGAGUCGAGCGCCAGCCUGCAGGGCGCGGGCGGGGGCGCGGGCGGCGGCGGCGGCGGCGGCGGGGACCUGGAGCGCGCGGCGCGGCGGCAGUUCCAGCAGGACGAGACCCCCGCCUUCGUGUACGUGGCGGCCGUGUUCUCGGCGCUCGGCGGCUUCCUGUUCGGCUACGACACCGGCGUGGUGUCGGGGGCCAUGCUGCUGCUCAAGCGGCAGCUCAGCCUGGACGCGCUGUGGCAGGAGCUGCUGGUGUCCAGCACGGUGGGGGCGGCCGCCGUCUCGGCGCUGGCCGGCGGGGCCCUCAACGGCGUGUUCGGCCGCCGCGCCGCCAUCCUGCUGGCCAGCGCGCUCUUCGCCGCCGGCUCCGCGGUGCUGGCCGCGGCCGGGAACCGGGAGACGCUGCUCGCCGGCCGGCUGGUCGUGGGGCUCGGCAUCGGCAUUGCUUCCAUGACAGUGCCCGUGUACAUCGCUGAGGUCUCCCCACCCAAUUUAAGAGGUCGAUUAGUCACCAUCAAUACCCUCUUCAUCACCGGAGGCCAGUUCUUUGCUAGUGUUGUUGAUGGAGCCUUCAGUUAUCUCCAAAAGGAUGGAUGGAGGUACAUGUUGGGACUUGCAGCAAUUCCAGCAGUUAUACAGUUUUUUGGCUUUCUCUUUUUACCUGAGAGUCCUCGGUGGCUGAUUCAGAAAGGACAGACUCAGAAGGCUCGUAGAAUUUUAUCUCAGAUGCGUGGUAACCAGACCAUUGAUGAGGAAUAUGAUAGCAUCAAAAACAACAUUGAAGAAGAAGAAAAAGAGGUUGGCUCAGCUGGACCUGUGAUCUACAGAAUGCUGAGUUAUCCCCCAACUCGCCGAGCUUUAAUUGUGGGUUGUGGUCUACAAAUGUUCCAACAGCUCUCAGGCAUUAACACCAUCAUGUACUACAGUGCAACCAUUCUGCAGAUGUCUGGUGUUGAAGAUGAUAGACUUGCAAUAUGGCUGGCUUCCGUUACAGCCUUCACAAAUUUCAUUUUCACGCUUGUGGGAGUCUGGCUUGUUGAGAAAGUAGGCCGCAGGAAGCUUACCUUUGGGAGCUUAGCAGGUACUACUGUAGCACUCCUUGUUCUUGCUUUGGGAUUUCUGCUGUCAGCUCAGGUUUCACCACGCAUCACUUUUAAACCAGUAGCUCCAUCGGGUCAGAACACUUCUUGCACGAGAUACAGUUACUGUAAUGAAUGUAUGUUGGAUCCAGACUGCGGUUUCUGCUACAAGAUGAACAAAUCAACUGUAAUUGACUCCUCCUGUGUUCCAGUUAAUAAAGCAUCUACAAAUGAGGCAGCCUGGGGCAGGUGUGAGAAUGAAACCAAAUUUAAGACAGAAGAAGUAUUUUGGGCUUACAAUUUCUGCCCUACACCAUACUCCUGGACUGCACUUCUGGGCCUUAUUUUGUAUCUUGUUUUCUUCGCACCUGGAAUGGGACCAAUGCCUUGGACUGUGAAUUCUGAAAUAUAUCCCCUUUGGGCAAGAAGUACAGGAAAUGCAUGUUCAUCUGGAAUAAAUUGGAUUUUCAACGUCUUGGUUUCACUGACGUUUUUACACACAGCAGAGUAUCUUACAUACUAUGGAGCCUUCUUCCUGUAUGCUGGAUUCGCUGGUGUGGGACUCCUUUUCAUCUAUGGCUGUCUUCCUGAGACCAAAGGGAAAAAAUUAGAGGAAAUUGAAUCACUCUUUGACAACAGGUUAUGUACAUGUGGUGCUUCAGAUUCUGAUGAAGGGCGAUAUAUUGAAUAUAUUCGGGUGAAGGGAAGUAACUAUCAUCUUUCUGACAACGAUGCUUCUGAUGUGGAAUAAUUUUCAGCUGCUGAUAAAUUUAGGUAUUUAAACAAACCUGGAGGACAAAAGCAGCAAUUGGUGACCUCACUGCCCUGCUUUUAAUCUGGUUCUUUCCACAGUCUAGUUUUGAAUGACCUCAUAUUCUAGAAUAUUUGAUUAGGAGGAAGAUACAACCAUGAUGACUUUUUUUUCCACAAGCAGAAAUGUAAAACACUAUUUAGAGAUUUUAAACGAAUAAUUAUUGAACAAAUGUAUGUAAUUCCUUCCUGAGGUAGUCUAAAAUGAAUAUUGUAUCCAGUGACUUCAGUGGUAUCCUUUUUUCAUAAGACCAUAUAUAAUUAUUAGUGGCAGUAGAGUCAGUGCUAAUCUAACUUAAUCGUAUAUGUAUGAUAUACUUAUGAAGAAGGAUUCUGGGAUAAGAUCCAAGGAUGUUUUCUGUCAAAACAUGGCCUAUUGGCCCUAAAUUUUUCUAAGGACAAGUAGCUUAUCUCUGAUCAGCUCUUAGAAAGUAAAUUCCAUUUAAGCUUUCAACAAAUUCAGAAGUGCCUCCUACAGAGGCACAGUUGUCCUUUUCUCCUUUCGAUUCCACAUUUUGGUCUCUCUCUCCAAGUCAGAUCUUGAGUGUUCUUCAGAAACUGACUCUAGAUAGGACCUUUUGAACAUUAUGAAAAGCAGGUCUUUAGGGUUUAUUUUCGUACAUAUUUUUUGCAUCGGUGAUAAGUAUACAUUUGCACAGAUAAGAUAGCAAGUUUUGAUAAGUAUAUUUUAUUGCUAGAAAGUAAGAAAGAAAAAAUUUUAUGGAUACCUGAUUUGAGUUAGUCAGUUAGGUAUAUAACUAAACACAAAAUAGCACCAGAUCUUCAACUGUAUUUCAGGGUUUCUGUUCAUGCCAAAAUCACCUGAAUACUAACCACGCCUUCACUCAUUGACUCUGGAGUCCUACUAUUUGUGCCUUCAUUUCUGUUAAUAUAAAUAGCUGCUAGCAGACUAUUUUUCCCCUUCUUUUAAUCAAAUAAUUCCUGAAACGAAAAGGGAAGAAAAUCAGUGACAGAUAAUCCUGUUAUUGAUGUUUAAUUAAAUAGUGGGACUUAUUUUUUCCUUAACUUUUUAUUAAGGGAAUUGUAACAUUUCAUUACUUAAAAGUACUGUUUUUUUUAAGAUCAUAAAUUUUUUAUUUUGCACACCUUUUUCUCAUUUUCCUUGACAGUUUGCCAAAAAAAAAAAAAAAAAGAUACAUAGAUUUGUCUGUGGGUGUUUCCUUUUUCUCAUACUUGGCUUGGAUUUUUUUCCUUCUUGUCUAAAAAUUGGGAUUUUUCUAUUGGAACAGAUUAAUGGUUCUAACAUAGCAUACAUUUCUACAAUGUCUUUUCAAAAUGUUCAUUAGUUUUUAUGCCCAUUCAACGAACUCUAGCUUUUGCUCUUAAGAAUUAUACAGAAUAUACAAAAUUAUUUGCUAAUUCCAGUGAAAAUAGGAAUGAAUUUUCUGUGGCCAGAUAGGAAUAUAUAAGUUUGAUGGAUUUUAAUGUGGCUCCAAAUCUACUAAGGUACUCUUUGGAGUGAAAAGAAGGCUAUCUCUAAAGUUAAUGUGUUUCUGCCAGUCUCCAAGAUGUUUUGUUCUUCACUUAAAGUCUGGCUUAUUCUAUCACUAUUAUCAAAACUGAGAAUGUAGCCAAAAAGGUUUGUUCUCUUAGCCACCAGGAGUAUAAGUGUUUGAACUGUCACUUUACUGGUCUAAAAAUCCUUCAGCCAAAAAGAAAAAAAAAAAAAAAAAAAGAAAAAAAACUUUUCUCUCUUUGAUCAUUUCAUA